GACGCCGAGAUAAAACAUAAAAUUAUUUUGUAUUUAUUUAUUACUAAUCAAAUUACGGUGUUUAAUAUUUACAUUGUCCUAUUAUGAAUGAAUCUACUAAAACCGACAUUUUGAAUAGUUAAACUGGUCAACCUCAAGUUUUCUCCAAAAAGGCGCUAGGCGGGACCAUAAAGGUCAAUUUAAAAAAAAGUUUAUUUUUCAACGCGCAUUCAGCCAGCAAGCAAGGCCCCGCCCCGCUCUGUGGCUGUCUCGCUCGCGCACUGAAAGCCUACACCUUGUCAUAUGACCCUUAGUGCUCGGCGUGUGAGGGUGUGUGACAGUUAUUUUUGUGUUGAAAAGUGUUUGUGAGAUUUUGUGCAAGAUAAUAAUAGUGUUCUAGUAAUCUCGAUCGGGGAUGAAAUCCACAGUCAUGGACUGCGGGAGCUGCCUCAGCCCCGCCAGCGACACCGACGAGUCCGAAACGUCUCUGUUCCCCUUCGAUAGCCAGAAAGAUACCAAUAAAAUGGCCUUCGAUAACUACCUAACCCCACAACGCAACAAAAAGUUCCGCGACUGCUACGAAACCAAACUACCCUACGUCCGCGAAUUCAAAGAACUGGUCGAACGCAUCAAAAACAAUGAAGAAGAAACAUUCGACGAUCGCAUGCGUUCCAAUUUCAACGAAGAAAUGAAUUAUGCUCAAAACGAAUCGAAUUUGACGCUGCUGCGUAUGACGGAACAGACUUUCGAAGUGCCACUGGAACGGGAAAGAGUUACGCAGUCAUAUUUCGCUGAAAAUGAGAAUACUAGACGGUGUUUAAACUUCAACUUCGAGCAAGUCCAGUGUGUGUGUGAGGCGUUACAACAGAAGGGUGAUAUAGAGAAAUUGUCGGAGUUCUUGUGGAGUUUGCCGCCAAGCGAGCUGCUUCGUGGAAGCGAAACGGUACUCAGAGCCCGCGCUUUAGUAGCGUACCAUAGAGGGGCGUUUCAAGAAUUAUACGCCAUAUUGGAGGCGCACGCUUUCCCGCCAAAACACCACAACGCUCUACAGACUCUAUGGUUCAAGGCUCACUACAAGGAGGCGGAGAAAGUUCGGGGAAGGAAACUGGGUGCUGUGGAUAAAUACAGGCUAAGGAAGAAAUAUCCGCUACCAAAGACCAUUUGGGAUGGUGAAGAAACCGUAUACUGCUUUAAAGAGAAAAGUAGGAACGCAUUGAAAGAAUGCUACUACCGAAAUAGGUACCCAACACCAGACGAGAAGCGAGCGCUAGCGCGCAAGACGGGGCUGACUCUCACUCAAGUCUCUAAUUGGUUCAAGAAUCGUCGGCAACGGGAUAGAACACCACAGCAGAUUAACAGACCAGAGAUGCUAGUACCAGCGCAGUACGCCGGCCCACAAGGCGGCCUCACCCCUGCCCUGCUACCUAACUCUUACUACCAUCAGCUACAAGAACCUACCCAUUAUCUUAGCAAUGGGGUAUAAGGUGACUAUCGCGUGUUUCAAAUAUCCGGUCCUUCCAUUUAAAAGAGAUCCUAGUACUCAAGGCAGCCUGGCAGCUCAAUAAUAACUCGGCUAUCGCGCCGCGAGUGGCUUAGGCCCGAUCAGAAAUAUAUGAUCAUUGUUAAGAGGGCGCUGCCGCUGUUAUUCUCAUGUAUAGGGUGACAGUUCAGUUUAGUAUGAAAAUUUUUGUUCCAAUGAAAUUCCGCAACAUGGCGCGUGAUCAUAUAUUACUGGUCAGGCUUUAUAAAAGUAUGACAUUUUGGAACUGGGCCUUAUUUGGUGCAGGUACCUAAAUGGCAACUUAUCGGGUUGGAUCGUUCAGUGCGUAUGUCCUUAUUGGUUCAAAAUCAAGAUAUAAAUUGAUUACUGAAAGACUAAGGCAUCUACAAACGUCACCGAUAGUCGCAUGCGAUUUGCAAUAGGUACUUAUAGUUUGGCAAGCUAUUACUGUCACUAUAAAAAGGCGCAAAAUUAAAAAAAAAAAGGCGCGAUAGGUUGCCCUCCAAUAGAAAAUUUGAAUGUCGCGCCUUUUUCUACUGAUGAAGUGGGUUUGCCAGAGUAUACAUUGCGGCAUUUUAUCGAUCGAUUGAAUCUUUUGCUCCUACUUAGCCGGCAAUUACACGCUGGCAAGCCAGCUUUUUCAGGAAAUGGCCGCAAAUUUGAAAAAUGUAGGCGCGAAGGAUCGAUCUCCUAUAGGUAUAAAUUUUGAAUCGCGAUUUAUUCUUUGGCUUGCCAGAGUAUACCUAUUUAAAUAAGCGUGCCAUUUGUUGUAACGUCUGUAGAAGCCUUAAACGAAGCCUCAAUGUAAACUAUUGCCAUUUUUUCAGAACUUUGUAAAAAUGCAAAAACAAUGCGUUAUUGUAAAUAUUUUAAACUAGUUUUUAAGCAAAAAGAUUUUAUUUUGUUAACUCAUUUAAGUAAUAGAACUGAUUUAAUUAUUAGAGAGUUUAUAUCCUACUAUUUCUCAUGUUUUACCUCAUUUAGUACCUUCCAGUGUUAGCUUGUAAGUUUAUAUAUUUUCUGACAUACUAUUUACCUACUGCUACAAUUAUAUUUUAUAUGACUAGAACAUUUAAAAUGGAAUUAUUUGAGACUGUAAAGUAAAUGUAGAGACCGCAACGUUAAAUCUAUAAUAGACGGGCGUACUGGAAAGUGAUCUUGGUCCGCUCCGAAGCCUGUCCGAUCGUAUGAAAGGUGGCCCACCGUACAUCCGUCAAGGCCGCAGCUAUAAGUAAGAGCGAGAAAGAGAUAUUCUGACAGCACCAAGGUGGCGGUCCCGUGUGUCUGUCGUUAUGGCUUUUAGUAAUGUCGAUUUUAUAGAUAGGCCUUUGAGCGUCUCUAAUAGGGUUAGCUAGAAACCUGAGGCUCUACCACGUUAAUCGAAAUUUCGCGGUAGACCCUCUACGGUCAGCAUUCCGUGUCUAUUUUGAUUAUACGGCGGUCUUCACUUUAUUUACUUAUAUCUUUCGUUUAAAUCUCUAUUUCUUAUAUUUUUUUAUCAGGUAAUUUCAGACUGGUCUAAUACAGUAAUGAUAAUGAUUUUGUAUUACACUGUUUUAUCCGUACGUGACACGUUUUAUAGUUAAUGACCUUAGCUUUAAUACGGUAAGCGGUUGUUAGUUGUUAUCAACAGAAAAGGGCAGAAAAACAAAAAAAACAGGCGUGGAAGAUUGAGUUCAAUUUAGUACCUACUGUAGGUAAGUGCCCCAACUUGAGCACCCACUUUGCCAUAAUAGCUGCAUACAAAAGUAGACACUUAGGUUGGGACAACAUCUAUACUUACAUUUAUUUUUUUAUUUUUCGCGCCUUUUUCUAUUGCCACAAUUGGUUAUUCGUCACGGAAAAUGUGGAAAUAGGCCACUUAUGUAUGCUAAUAAUUUGUGUGAACUUUAAGGUGCUGUUUAUGUUUCAAAUGAUUACAUGUAUUCUAGUCUACAAGUAAAAUAAAGUUCUUAAAGAAUUA